AUGCCGCCACCCCCCAAGGACUCGGGUGUUCUCCUCUAUGCAGAGGGGGCCCUCGAUCAGCUCCCGGGUGCAGCAGGAGCAGCAGCAGCAGCAGAAGCAAGGGGCCCCCAUGGGUCCCGUUCAGCUGCUGCUGCAGCAGCAGCAGCAGCAGCAGCAGCAGCAGCAGCACCGCUGCUCAAGCCCUUCACUGCGUCGCCCUUUGUACUGAAGGCGAGACCAGGGUUCUUUCUUCCUGCUGCUAAGCUGACGCCAGCUAGCAGCUACAUGCAAGACUAUAGAGAGCAGCAGCAGCAGCAGCUGCUGCUGCUGCAGCAGCAGCAACAGCAGUGGAUGAAGCAGCAGCAGCAGCAGCAACAGCAGGUGAUGAUGAUGCAGCAGCAGCUCAUGCAGAAACAAAGACAGCAGCAACUCCUGCUGCAGCAGCACAAACAGAAGCAGCAGCAGCAGCAGCAAGCAGCUGCUGCUGCAGCAGCAGCAGCAAUGGAUGAAGCAGCAGCAGCAGCAGCAACAGCAGGUGAUGAUGAUGCAGCAGCAACUGAUGCAGAAACAAAGACAGCAGCAACUCCUGCUGCAGCAGCACAAACAGAAGCAGCAGCAGCAGCAGCAGCAGCAGCAGCAUUCUUCCUCUCAACGCAGAGGCCAACUCGAAGGCCCCGACCCCAGGUAAUGCACAAACCCUAA